ACAAUUAAUCAUUUAAUCUGCAGGUUACAAAUACUGAACAUCUACUUCUUCUGUUGAGGGUGGUCUUUAAAAUAAAAGUCUAGAGUUUCUUUUCUCUUUCUGAAUUCUUCUUCGUUGGUGCUUUAAAGUCCCACCUUUCUGGUCUUCCAGGUACGCAUUAUGUUAAGUUUCCCCUCCCUUCUUGUCUUCCAGGUACGUGUACCACAGCUCCAAGUGGAUGGUGGCGGGAAACGCCGACUCCCCGGUGCCUCCGCGGGCCUACAUCCACCCGGACUCUCUGGCCUCGGGGGACACCUGGAUGAGGCAGGUGGUCAGCUUCGACAAGCUCAAACUCACCAACAACGAGCUGGACGACCAGGGACACAUCAUCCUCCACUCGAUGCACAAGUAUCAGCCUCGUGUUCACGUCAUCAGGAAGGACUUCAGCAGCGAGCUGUCUCAAAACAAGGCGGUGCCGAGCGGGGAGGGAGUCAAGACCUUCAGCUUCCCUGAGACCGUGUUCACCACCGUCACUGCCUACCAGAACCAGCAGAUCACCAGACUAAAGAUCGACCGAAACCCGUUCGCCAAAGGAUUCAGGGACUCUGGAAGAAACAGGACCGGCCUGGAGGCCAUCAUGGAGACCUAUGCUUUCUGGAGACCUCCUGUGAGGACCCUCACGUUCGAAGACUUCACCAACAUGCAGAAACAGCAAGGUGGAAGCACAGGCACUUCUCCCACCACCUCCAGCACAGGAACCCCCUCCCCUUCUGGUGCGGCCCACCUCCUGUCCCCCUCCUGCUCCCCUCCCACCUUCCACCUUGCCCCCAACACCUUCAAUGUGGGCUGCAGGGAAAGCCAGCUCUGCAACCUGGGCCUGUCCGAGUACCCGGCCUGCGCCCGCAGCAACAUGGCGGCCCUGCAGGGCUACGGCGGCCUGGCCGACAGUUCCUACGGACGCCUCCAGGCCGCGGGGGGCGGCGUGGCCUCCGCUCAGCCCUCUGAAUCCUUCCUGCCGCAGAGGACUUCCUCCUUGAUCGCCGCCGGCAUGCAGGGCGGCGCUCACGCGGGCGGCGGCGGUGGCCCCGGAGCCAAGAUGGAUGCCUACGGGGGCCAACUGGGCUCCUUCCCGGCCUCGCAGCUUCAGUACGUGAUGCAGGCCGGGGGCGGCUCCGGCUCCGGCUCGUCCUCCUCGUCCGGAUCCUCCCCUUCCUCCGCCCACAUGUUCGGCGGGGGCCACCACCACGUACAGCAGGGCUCCUACAACGCGUUCUCCCUGCACAACCCUUACAACCUGUAUGGAUACAACUUCCCCACCUCCCCCCGCCUGGCCGCCAGCCCCGAGAAGCCCCAGGGAGGCCUGCUCUGCUCCUCGUCUCCCGCCGGGGCCUUCGCCGAGCGCCAGUACCUGUCCAACGGAAGCAUGGACACUAUGCACAUGAUCGGCAACGCCAGCGGCCAGCAGGGCGGCGGCUCCUGCGAUGGCCGCCAAUACGGCUCCUCCUCUCAGAUGUCCAUGCACAUGGUGUAGACGCUUGGCAUCGGGCCUAAAAAGUCUUUCGGCUGAAAAAUGCAAACCUAUGAACCCGGUUCGGUGUUUGAUGUGGAACCGGUGUUUUUUUACAUGAAGCGUUAAACAAACCUUUCAGAAAAGGACAUCAUGUGUUUUUUGUUUUUUUUAAAAGACACUCCAUCGCAUACAAAGCAUUAUAGAGGGAGUCCAAACUAUUAUUUAAUUAACUUUGUAUUAAUGAAGAGAAGAUUACAGGGACAUCAACAACAAACUCAACAACAUGCUCCGGCUCAGAAGGGAUUAUCAGCUGUUAUGGUGCAAUAGUAGCAACACUUCUUUUUCAAGUGACUCAUUCUCUAAUUCUUUUGUUUUUCGGGGACUCGGAGGCCGAGCAGUCAUGAUGUCGUGGAGCCGAAGAGUUCUCACUGCGAUCCAGAGGUUUUUAUCUUCACGCAGCACUUGUGUGGUUUUUAAAAAUGCAAUCAUGAAGGACUCCACACGUCAAAGAGCUGCAGGUCGGGGGGGGGGGCCGAGGAACUGAAAACUCGUUCAGCCCUCCACCACCACCACAGAACUUCACCAACCAGUCAUCCUCAUAGACUGGAAUGGCUUCACUAUUUUUGAGUGGAUUACGUUGUUGUUUUUUUUAGCAUAUAUAUAAAAGAUGGCGAAAUGCAAUCAAUAACAAGCUUAAAACUGUUGUCGUGUGAAAAGUUAUAAAAAAGAAGCAAUAGCAAAAACAGAGUAAUUAAAGUAUGUUUUGGUGUGUUGUAGAGAUGUGUAUUUAAGUGCUGAGCAUUAUAACAAUAUUUUACAGGUCAAGCUGUUAUAAAGAAAAUGUGUGAAAAAAAAUAAAUGGCAAAGUAAUUCUUUUUUUGAGGCAUUUUGAAAAAAUGUAAAUACAGGUGCCAAGCACGUAAAAAGGCUCAA